AUGGCCCCAAGAAAUGCAGGAGAGGUCAAUAACUAUGAGGGCGAUCGACUGGGCCUGGACCAGGUGGAGACCAUGAUUAAUGACACCCCAUCGCAGAAACGUCCACCCAUGAAAAUUGUCUGGCGUAACGUGGUGUUGUUUGUUUUGUUGCACACCGGGGCUCUCUACUCUGUGAUUCUCAUCCCUAGAGCAGCGUGGGCGACACUAGUGUGGAGCAUGUUUAUGUACUGGCUAGCUGCCAUGGGUAUCACUGCCGGAGCUCACCGCCUCUGGUCACACAGAUCCUACAAGGCACGGCCUCCACUUCGAGCUUUCUUAGCAUUUUGUAAUUGUAUAUCUUUUCAGAACUCUGUGUUUGAGUGGUCCCGAGACCACAGGGCCCACCACAAGUACUCAGAGACUGAUGCUGACCCCCACAAUGCCAAGAGAGGCUUCUUCUUUGCUCACAUCGGCUGGCUACUGGUGAAGAAACAUCCGGAUGUCAAAGACAAAGGCAAAUCUCUGGACUUGUCAGACCUCACAAAUGACCCUAUAGUUGUGUUCCAAGAUAGACAUUAUCUCAAGUUGGUGCUUCUCUGUUGUAUCAUCAUGCCCACAGUAGUGCCAGUCUAUGCCUGGGGGGAGAGCUGUUUUGUGGCGUUCUACAUCGCUGUCAUCCUGCGCUACACCCUGGUGCUCAACGCCACCUGGCUGGUCAACAGUGCUGCUCACAUGUGGGGCUCCCGGCCCUACGAUGAACGCAUCAAUCCUGCAGAGAACUACGGCGUUGCCCUCUGCGCCACUGGGGAAGGCUUCCACAACUACCAUCACGUGUUCCCCCACGACUACGCCACCAGUGAAUAUGGCUGGCACUUCAACCUGACCACACUGUUUAUCGACACCAUGCACUUUCUAGGACAAGCUUACGACAGGCGCAAAAUUCCCAUGGAUGUUAUACUCAAGCGGAAAAUGCGGACAGGGGACGGCUCCAGGCGUUAG